UUCCCGCAUCUCAGCUCCUGUCUCGCCGGUGAAAGUUGUUGCGACGAUCUGGUCAUUUGCCUAUUUAAGCGCCUCGCAAACUGCUUUCUGUUUUGGGUCCAAUCGGUCGGCUUUGCUGCUUCCAUAAGAUCUAGGUGUCAGUCUUUUAUCAAACGUCAGCAGGAAGAUUGCGGCUUGCGCCUGUCUCCCGGCUUGUAUAUCCGGAUUGUUGACCGGCGCCCAUCCAUCUCACACGAGGCCAGCUGAGAUAUCGGCAAGUACACUCAUAUUAGAUUUCUGGACAAACUUCAGCAGCUGUGUCAACCACACAAGUGUGUGUAUAUAUAAAGGGAUAGGUUCUGGUUCCUGCUGCGAACCCCCGCCCCCGGAAUGGAUUUCCGUAAGCUGCGCGGGUCUUUCGACCUGGCCAAUGAGUCUGCCGACGGCACGCGGCCCAACCUGACCGAGCUGCCCACCAAUAUCCUCGAAGCGCUCAUUCCGGGUUACAGCCUAAUAUCUAGGUUUGUGCUGUACUCGUUCGGCUUCGACAUUGGGCUGGUGGUGUCGAUCGGGGUGCUCCUAUUCGGCGUGGUGUCGGCCGUGUCGUACGUGUGGAGCAGAAGCUAUUACCUCUUCUGCAAAUACUACAUGUCGGACGUGUACGUGGACGACAGCGACGACCUGUACGAGAGCGUGCUGGAGUGGAUCGCGGCGCAGCGCAUGUCCAAGGUGUCGCGGUCAAUCAAGGCCGUGACCAAGUACAAUGAGCAGGACACGGACAACGAGGUCGACGCCAGAAUCAGCGUCGAGGACGACACGGGCAUCUUCAACUUUGGCCGCUGGGCGGCAAAGGUGCCGCCCCGCUACGAGCCGUACUUUGGCUCCCACCACUUCUGGCACCAAGGCCGCCUGUUCCUCAUCGACCGGUCGCGGCGCGAGGUCGGCACGAGCGGCUACCCGCCCACCCGCAAGGAGGAGGAGACGAUCCGCCUGUCGUGCGUGGGCCGCCGCACGCAGCCCAUCAAGGACCUGCUCGACCACGUCAAGGCCUGGUCGCUUGACAAGGAAAAGGCGAAGACGGUCAUCCGCCGGCCCGCGAGCAAAGACCGCUCGCGCUUCGCCGGCGCCUGGGACCGCGUCUCGUCGCGCCCCUCGCGCCCUAUGGACACGGUCGCGCUGGACCCCGACCAGAAACGGACGAUCAUCGCGGACAUCAACGAGUACCUCCACCCCAGCAGCCCGCGCUGGUACGCCGUCCGCGGCAUCCCGUACCGCCGGGGCUAUCUGUUCCAUGGGCCGCCCGGCGUGGGCAAGACCAGUCUCGCGUACGCGCUUGCUGGCAUCUUCGGCCUCGAUAUCUUCGUCAUUUCGCUGCUGGAGCCCACGCUCACGGAGUCGGACCUCAAUCGCUUGUUCAACAACCUGCCGCGCCGCUGCAUCGUGCUGCUCGAAGACAUUGACACGGCGGGCCUGCUGCGCGACGAGAAGAGCGACGACGCUGCCGCGGCCGCCAGCAACAGUACAAACACCACAACAACAAACGCAGACGCCACCCCCACCUCUUCUCCCGCGCGCAAACGCCACCACCCCAACAACCACACCCCCACAGACGCCCUAACGCCCACCUCCCUCGCCCUCGCCCUCACCACUGCUACCCGCCGCAGCAAACUCCAAGACGACCACUCCAACCAAGGCAUCUCGCUCUCCGGGCUUCUAAACGCCAUCGACGGCGUCGCGACGCACGAGGGCCGCGUGCUCGUCAUGACGACGAACCAUCCGGAGCGGUUGGACGACGCGCUGAUCAGGCCCGGGCGCGUCGACCUGCAGGUGCAGUUUACGCUGGCGACGCGGGCGCAGAUUAGGGAGAUUUUCGGGCGGAUGUACGCAGUUGAUGAGGAGAGUGAGGGUGGUGGGAAGGAGGGGGUGGGGUUUGGUAUUGGUGUUGGUGGUGGGGAGAAGGUGGGCGCGGAUAUCGAGACCCUGGCGCAUGCGUUCGCGGCUGCGCUGCCGGAGGGCCGGUUGAGCCCGGCUGAGAUUCAGGGGUUUUUGCUGGUACGGAAGAAGGAGCCGCUGCGGGCGGUGAAGGAGGUCAAGGGCUGGUGUGAGGGUGUGCUGGAGGCGAGGGGGCGGAGGGGGAGGGUGUAGGGCGUUGGUGUGGGUGGGUGGGUUGGGGGGUUUUGUUGUAGGGGGAGGGGGAAGGGGUGUAUAGGUAGGUAGGGGUGUGGAAGGGGGGAGGCCGGUAAUGUCUAUUCGUUCCUAGGCAGUUUCUAGUUUUCUAGGUUUUCUAGUGUCUUUUUUUAUUUUUCGGCUCAUCGGCGUGGUUGAAUAAGUGGUGCAUGCAGUAGCGUUAGGAAGGCUGGGAUGGAGUGGGAUGGAGUGCUUGUGCUUGAACACACCUAGUCAUAUCUUCCUCGUCGUCGUGGUUGUCGGGCGGGACGCGUGCACGAAAUAGCAUCCACGCAUGUCUUUCAUCCCUUAUAUCAGUUAAGCUUCCCUCGGCAUCUACGUGCUUCGACCCACACACAGAAUCAAAACUAGUCUAACUGGCUACUACAGCUACU